AUGUAUUUGAAACGUAUCGGUUUUUUUCUUGUUCACCUUGCAACUUUUGUAUCAUCCUGGCCAUAUGACAAGGCACUCGUCGAGUAUAACCUCAAUGAGAAUCAGACGGCUACCAAUCCAGCCGAGUACUGGGGAGAAUGGCCCAACCACACCUACCACCCAUCACCAGAGAACUGGCGUUUCCCCAUAUAUACUCUUUUUCUCGACCGUUUCGUGAACGGCGAUCCAACCAAUGAUAAUAUCAACGGAACGCUCUUCGAACACGAUCUGGACUCGAAUCAAAUGCGCCAUGGUGGAGAUGUGGCUGGGCUGGUUGACACAUUGGAUUAUUUGCAAGGUAUGGGUAUUAAGGGCAUAUAUCUGGCUGGACUUGUCUUGAUGAAUCAACCGUGGGGCGCAGACGGCUAUUCCGCAAUGGACACCACCUUGCUAGAUCAACACUUCGGCACCAUUGAAGCAUGGAGAUCUGCAAUUACAGAAAUUCACCAUCGUGGCAUGUAUGUGAUUUUUGACAACACAGUGGCGACUAUGGGCGAUCUGAUUGGGUUUGAUGGAUACCUAAAUACAACGACACCAUUCACAGUCAAUGAGCACAAAGCACAAUGGAAGUCAGACCGUCGCUAUGUGGACUACCACUUCGGCAACUCCUACAACCAGACCUGCGAAUAUCCCCGUUUCUGGAAUGAGACUGGUUUUUUAGUUGAUCAGUUUGUUCGUGAUGAGUUGAAAGGUUGCUACGACAGUGAUUUCGACCAAUAUGGUGACAUCGAAGCCUUUGGUGUUUAUCCUGACUGGCAGCGUGAACUUGCCAAAUUUGCAUCUGUGCAGGACCGUUUGCGUGAGUGGGUACCAACUGUCAGAGAGCGGAUCAUUAGACACUCGUGCACAAUUAUAUCCUCGCUCGACAUUGACGGUUUCCGAUAUGACAAGGCCACACAGGCUACGGUAGAUGCUUUGGGAGACAUCUCUGGCGCUUAUCGUGACUGUGCUCGAAAAGUUGGCAAAAAGAACUUUUUUCUUCCUGGAGAAAUUACCAGCGGUAACACACUGGGUUCCGUCUUUCUUGGCCGUGGCAGGCAACCGGAUAUGACCCCUAAAACCCUUGAUCAGGCAUUUCAUCUCACAAACUCUUCUGAUACGUUAUACUUCUUGCGAGAUGAAAAUCAACAGGCUAUCGACGGAGCUGCCUUCCAUUACUCCGUUUAUCGCUCUCUCACUCGUUUCCUUGGCAUGGAUGGUAACCUGGCUGCUGGCUACGAUGUUCCAGUGAAUUGGACAGAAGCCUGGUAUGAAAUGGUGCUCACCAAUGAUCUUGUCAACGCGAACACUGGCAAGUUUGAUCCACGCCACAUGUACGGGGCCACAAAUCAAGACGUCUUCCGCUGGCCGACUGUGGAAUAUGGACUUGAGCGGCAGCUACUUGCCCUUUUCAUUACGACGUUGCACAUGCCCGGUAUUCCCUUGCUGUUAUGGGGUGAAGAACAAGCGUUUUACACCUUAGAUGCCUUGGCUUCUAACUACAUCUAUGGCCGUCAAGCCAUGUCUCCCGCAACGGCUUGGAAAACCCAUGGCUGUUUCCAUCUAAACUCAACCCAGUAUUUUGACUGGCCGAUAAAGUCAGGCCGGGAUGGCUGCCAUGAUGAAGCCAUCACAUACGAUCAUCGAGAUCCAUCACAUCCCAUCAGAAAUACUAUCAAACAUAUGUAUCAGAUGAGACAGGAUUAUCCCGCAAUGAACGAUGGCUGGUGGAUUCAACUGCUAUCUAAUCACACCCAUGAUGUCUACUACCCUGGCUCAAAUGGAAUCGCCACUGAAACGGGCAUGUGGUCUGUCCUACGCAGUCCUUACUACCAAAAGCAAAAUCUUGGCAAAUCAGGAAAUCAGACUAUUUGGUUCGUCUACCAGAACGACAAUCAAACAGUCACAUACGACUUCGAUUGUUCCGACCCCAACCACGCGCUUGUUGCUCCAUUCGCUACGAACAUAACUGUCAAAAAUCUGUUUUAUCCACAUGAUGAGUUGACCUUGGAGAAAGGUCCAACAAAGCUUUAUCUCAAUGGCUCGUCAAAGUGGAAUGGUUGUCUGAGCAAUCUGACCCUUCGCCCUUAUGAAUUCAGAGCCUAUGUUCCAAAAACCAAAUUUCACCCCCCACGCCCUAUGAUCACCAAGUUCACCCCAGGACAUGAUGUUCCCGUGCUGUCCAAAGCACAGCCAGGAGAAAGUGAAAAUCUUCAAAUUGGACUAUACUUUUCCACCGAAAUGAAUUGCAGCAAGGUCACCCAAGGCAUUUCCCUUGAAUCAACGACCGAGACUGGGGAAAUUCCUUCAAUUGACCAGAAAACUAUCAGUUGCAGCGCUGUUGAUCCGGAAGAUUCGCCUCUCACAGGUCACAUACCCAGUGCCUGGGUUUGGACAGCGACCUUGACCGGGGUAUAUAAUGGAGUGCACCGACUGACGGUUAAUAAUGUGACUGGCAGCGAUGGGAGAAAAACCCAUGCCAAAGACCACUUCUUGAUUCGCAUAGGACAGCACGACAAUCCUAUAACCUUCACCUCGGCCAACUACUCCAGCAGCUUGUUGCAUAGACAUGAAAAUGGCACACUUUUCAUUCGGCAACAUGCAGCAGGAGCGGAUAAGUACAGGUACUCGACCAAUUGGGGCAGCACAUUUUCGAAAUGGCUUCCCUACCAGGGCGGUAACCACACGAUCAAAAAGCAGCAUUGGUCGGGUACAAAGGCUCAAGAGUGGGAAGGAGAGCAUGUGCGUGUCGAAUACUGGAAUCGUUUUACAGGAAGCAGCGAUUACGUUCAGCAGGGUGAUGCUCCCGACUGGGAUGCUGGAAUGCCAAGACGUUUCCCUCACCUCUUCUUCAACGGGCCUUUCAACGAAUACGGGUACGAUGCUGGGUUGCCAAAUGCUGUGAAACAAGCCGCAGAUCGGUUAUGGAAAUUCCGUUUCAUGGCCGAAUGGCCUGCGCAGGGUCAGCUGAACGUCUGGGGAAUUAAUCCAAACGGGCAACCAGAUCAAAGCUAUAUAUUUGGGGACUCGGACGGAGAUUCCGUCUUGGAUCGACUUCCCCCUUCGUCGCUGAAAACCACAGCGAUAAAUAUCACACAUCCACCACCUAGUCCACACCUGGCGUGGAGAAUUGAACUUGACGAUGCGACAUUAAAGUUCAGGCUCGUGCCUGCGGGCUCAAAAUACGUUCAGAUGGCUCUCUUUUUCAUGCUUUGGAUCAUUCCUGUUUUAAGUGCCGUGGCAUGCGCGACCGUGUUCAUGAAGACAUUCUACCGGAUCAAGUUCAACCAAGUCGGCGUGAGUGAGAAGAAGACGUUGAUUUCACUGGAUUCAUUCAACAUAUUUAGAACUGAUAAGUCGGAGGCUGGUGGAUCUCGAAGCUUCCUCAUGCGACUUGCAAACAAGUCCAGGUUCUUGCAAAGCAACUCGGCCUUCGGCAAUCGAACAUCUCAGCGACGCAAAGUCUUGGUUGCGACAAUGGAGUAUGAUAUUGAUGAUUGGGCCAUCAAGAUCAAGAUUGGUGGGCUGGGUGUGAUGGCACAAUUGAUGGGCAAGCAACUCGGACACGAAGAUCUCAUCUGGGUCAUUCCUUGUGUCGGAGGGAUUGAUUAUCCCAUUGAUAAGCCGGCCGAAUCAAUGUUCGUCAUGAUUCUUGGGAACUCUUACGAAGUCAAAAUUCAGUAUCACUAUUUGAGGAAUAUAACCUAUGUCCUCCUGGAUGCCCCCGUCUUCCGUCAACAAACAGCCGGAGAACCCUAUCCCGCACGCAUGGACGAUAUGGAUAGCGCGAUUUAUUACUCUGCAUGGAACCAAUGCAUUGCGCAAGCUCUUAAGCGAUUCCCCAUCGAUCUAUAUCACGUCAAUGACUACCACGGUGCAAUUGCACCGCUUUACCAGCUUCCGGAGACGAUCCCAAUUUGCCUCUCCUUGCAUAAUGCCGAAUUCCAGGGUUUGUGGCCAAUGCGAACACAGAAAGAAAAGAUCGAAGUGUGCUCCGUAUUCAACCUCGAUAUAGAUGUUGUUACUCGCUACGUUCAAUUUGGCGAAAUCUUCAAUCUACUGCACGCCGGUGCGAGUUAUCUACGUCUCCACCAACAGGGCUUUGGAGCAGUUGGCGUAUCGAAGAAGUAUGGAAAGCGCUCGUAUGCAAGGUACCCAAUCUUCUGGGGUCUACGCAAAGUUGGGAAUCUGCCAAACCCUGAUCCAUCCGAUACCGGGGAAUGGAAAAAGGAACUGCCUAAAGAAAGCGAGAUCAGUGUGGAUAGCGAAUUUGAACUUGGAAGAGCCGAAACCAAGCGUCAGGCACAGGAAUGGGCUGGUUUACACCAAAUUCCGAAUGCUGAUCUUCUCGUCUUUGUGGGAAGAUGGUCCAUGCAAAAAGGAAUCGAUCUCAUUGCCGACGUUAUGCCGGGUGUUCUUGACGCGCGACCGAAUGUUCAACUGAUAUGCGUGGGCCCGGUCAUUGAUCUCUAUGGUAAAUUUGCGGCGCUCAAACUGGACAGAUUGAUGAAGCUAUACCCAGGACGUGUAUGCUCGAAGCCACAAUUUACAGUUCUUCCGCCAUUCAUCUUCUCAGGGGCAGAGUUUGCUUUGAUUCCCUCAAGAGAUGAGCCGUUCGGUCUGGUAGCCGUGGAAUUCGGCCGUAAGGGGGCUCUUGGUAUCGGCGCUCGGGUUGGAGGACUUGGACAGAUGCCGGGUUGGUGGUAUACUGUUGAAUCCACAACAACAAGCCACUUGAUCAAGCAAUUCAAACUUGCAAUUGAUGGUGCUUUGAACUCCAAGCAGGAAACAAGAGCCAUGAUGCGCGCGAGGUCAGCUAAACAACGGUUCCCGGUCGCACAGUGGAUUGAAGAUCUGGAGAUUUUACAGUCAACCGCUAUACGAAUCCAUAAUAAGGAACAAGCCAAGUCUCAGUCUCAAUCAACAACUGCAGCAUCAGCAUACAAUGCAAUUUACGGGAUGAUGACCCCUCAGGUGGCGGUAUCGAUGAGGUCUAACGCAUCCAGUGGAACUCUUACUCCACCUCUACAGCCCAGUCGACCUGGAACGAUGGGCUCAAUGCAGAGAAAUUCCGUCGUCUAUAGCCGUGAUCCUAGUCCCGGUGUUGAAAGUAGACCGAGAUCAGGUCUCAGUCGGCAGGUGGGCUUCGGAGUUCGGCCCGUAUCUGCUCCCUUGGAAAUUCGGGGGCGGCGAGAUCCUAACAAGAGCGGCAUUGAGGAUGUGGAUGAGAACGGAGAAGGUUCCAGUACUCCAUCUCCAGGUGCCGAGGAUGAUAGUGAUGAUGAGAUCAUGGCUACUUGCUACGGAGAGGACGAUUAUACCAUCGGGCCUGAAGCGGCCGACCCCGGACGCCGGAUAGAUACACCUCCACCAGGCCCCCAACAUACUGGAAUCCCUAUGAUUCGCGAAGAUCUUGCGGCCCGACAUGCAAGUCAACAGUCAGGUCGUUCGAUUGGCACGCCAUCCAGUUCGGCAGCACCCAGCACAACAGGAACUGAUGACACUCUUCUUCCGCCAGCACGACCUUGGGCUGAUGCAGGGAAUCGUCUGAGUAAUGCAUCUCAGUUAUCGUUUGACUCGGUCGUCGGCGACAAAAAGGACUACAAGCUUCAAAAGGUGGACCCAACCUUCACGGACAGCAGCGGUGAGUUCUAUCGCGCAUUUGAAAAGAAACUUGAAGAUCUCAAUGGUACGAACUCCGAUUCCCAGCUGUGUAUUGAGCAAUAUCUGGAGAAAAGCGAAAAGAAAUGGUUCGACCGAUUCCGAGAUGCUCGUCUCGGACGGAACCAAUCUCCAGCGGCCUCUGUACAACUGAAUAAGAACUCGCCAUCUGGGUCUAUCAAUAUGGAUGAUAACACAUCCCAUGACAGUGGAGUCCCAGAAAGGAAAGUAGCCACAGGAGACGAGUUCUUCCUUGGUGAAGACUAUGUUCCACCAACUGGCCUUAAAAAAUGGAUGCAAAUGCGAAUUGGAGACUGGCCCGUUUAUUCCCUGUUCCUAGGUCUCGGUCAAAUUAUCGCAGCCAAUUCCUAUCAGAUCACUUUGCUCACAGGUGAAGUCGGUCAGACAGCCGAGAAGCUUUACGGAAUCGCGACAGUCUACCUUGUGACAUCCAUCCUGUGGUGGCUUUUCUUCCGUUUUCAAAAGUCAGUUCUUGUUCUGACUGUGCCCUGGUUCCUGUACGGUACCGCAUUUCUCAUCAUUGGACUGGCUCAUUUCGAGCCAAAUUCGUACGCCCGGGGCUGGCUACAGAAUGUGGGAAGUGGAAUAUAUGCCGCUGCAUCUUCGAGUGGCUCUAUUUUCUUCGCGUUGAACUUUGGUGAUGAAAGCGGUGCUCCGGUUAAGAAAUGGGUUUUCCGUGCUUGUCUUAUCCAAGGCACACAACAAGUCUAUGUCAUUGCUCUUUGGUACUGGGGGUCGACACUCACAAAAGCAUCGAACGCCGGCGUUGCCAAUAUUCAAGGCAAUAUCACAAACACAUGGAGAAUGACUGCUGUCUGUGCUCCCAUCACUGUCUUCCUAUGGGGCGUCGGGCUGAUAGUAUACUUUGGAUUGCCAAAUUACUACCGCCAGACACCCGGGAAAGUGCCAUCAUUCUACAAAUCAGUAUUCAGAAGGAAGAUUGUGCUCUGGAACUGGGUUGUAGUCAUCCUCCAAAACUUCUUCCUUAGUGCCCCCUACGGUCGAAAUUGGAACUGUAAGUCUCAAUGCUCUAUCAAUCCCAACGCCAAAAUUAACAAAGUUGCAGUCCUUUGGAUAUCCGACCACGCCAAACCAUGGCAGAUCCUCCUCCUCUGCGUGGCAUUUUUCGGUUUCGCCUGGAUAGCAAUCCUGUUCGGUCUGGCCUGGGUCUCCCGAUCACACAGCUGGAUAUUGCCCAUUGUAGCUUGUGGUCUCGGAGCACCGCGCUGGGCCCAAAUAUGGUGGGGAACGUCGGGGAUCGGUCUGUAUCUACCAUGGGCAGGCAGUUAUACAUCCGGCGCACUGGUAUCUCGAAGUUUGUGGCUGUGGCUCGGUGUCCUCGAUGCACUUCAGGGUCUCGGGUUUGGAAUGAUUCUCCUACAGACUCUGACGCGGAUGCACAUUUGUUUUACAUUGCUUGUUUCGCAAGUUCUGGGUUCCAUCGCGACUAUAUGUGCGAGAUCCUUUGCACCUAAUAAGAUUGGACCUGGGCCUAUCUCUCCCGAUAUAACCGCCGGGGCGGAUGCGUUGGCGAAUGCGUGGUUUUGGAUUGCGCUUACCUGCCAGCUUUCGAUUUGUGCUGGAUUCCUUAUGUUCUUCCGUCGUGAACAACUUUCAAAGCCUUGA